UCCGCGGCUCCGGUCCCGGGCGAACAUGGCGGCCUCCGAGUCAGCGCCGGCUGCGGGUCCAGGCGCUGCGGAGGGCGAGGAGGAGACGAUUCUCUAUGACUUGCUGGUCAACACCGAGUGGCCCUCGGAGACAGAAGUACAGUCCAGAGGCAGUCGGAAACACGGUGCAUCCUUUAUCAUCACCAAAGCCAUUAGAGAUCGUUUAUUAUUUUUACGCCAGUACAUCUGGUACAGCCCUGUGCCUUUUUUGCUCCCUGAUGGACUGGUUCGCUUGGUUAAUAAACAGAUAAACUGGCAUUUGGUACUUGCGAGCAAUGGAAAACUUUUGGCUGCCGUUCAAGAUCAGUGUGUGGAAAUCAGGUCUGCAAAAGAUGACUUUACAUCUAUUAUUGGGAAAUGUCAAGUUCCCAAAGACCCCAAGCCCCAGUGGAGACGGGUAGCAUGGAGUUACGAUUGUACCUUGCUGGCCUACGCUGAAAGUACAGGAACCGUGAGGGUAUUUGAUCUCAUGGGAAGCGAACUCUUUGUUAUUGCCCCGGCAUCUGGUUUGGCAGGUGAUUUGAGCUAUGCCAUUGCUGGGUUGAUAUUUUUAGAAUAUAAAGCCAGCGCGCAGUGGUCUGCAGAACUGCUGGUCAUCAAUUACCGAGGAGAACUUAAAAGUUACCUUGUAAGUGUUGGAACAAAUCAGAGCUACCAAGAGAGCCAUUGUUUCAGCUUCAGCAGUCAUUACCCUCAUGGAAUCAACACAGCUAUGUACCAUCCUGGUCACAGACUUUUACUGGUUGGUGGAUGCGAAACUGCUGAAGUGGGCAUAUCCAAAGCGGCUAGCAAUGGCCUGUCCGCCUGGAGAGUUCUUUCAGGAUCGCCUUAUUAUAAGCAGGUUACUAAUGGUGGAGACAGGGUCACUGCAGUACCAAAGACCCUGGGAUUGUUAAGGAUGUUAAGUGUCAAGCUUUAUAGUCGCCCGGGACAAGAGCAGGAUGGGAUCUUUAAGAUGAGCCUUUCUCCAGAUGGGACCCUCCUUGCUGCCAUUCAUUUCUCAGGGAAACUGAGCAUCUGGGCCAUUCCAUCUCUGAAACAGCAAGGGGAAUGGAAUCAAAAUGAACAGCCAGGCUAUGACGACCUUAAUCCUGACUGGAGACUCUCUCCUGAGAAGAGGAAAAAAAUCAAAGAUAGAGAGUCUUUUUACCCACUGAUUGAUGUAAAUUGGUGGGCAGCUGGCGCAGUGACUUUGGCUCGCUGUUCUGGUGCUUUGACCGUUUCGUCAGUGAAAACGUUGAAGAAUUUACUGGGAAAAUCCUGUGAGUGGUUUGAACCAUCACCUCAAGUCACCGCGACCCAUGAUGGAGGAUUUUUAAGUUUGGAGUGUGAGAUUAAACUUGCUCCCAAACGAUCUCGUUUGGAGACCAGAGCUGGAGACGAAGAUGAAGGUGAAGAGGAGUCUGAUUCUGAUCAGGAAAUAUCUGCCAAGGCUCGCUACUUCGGCUACAUAAAGCAGGGCCUGUACCUGGUGACCGAGAUGGAGCGAUUUGCGCCCCCGCGGAGACGCCCACGAACCGUUACUAAAAACUACCGCCUCGUGAGUUUGCGCUCCACGACUCCGGAGGAGCUUUAUCAGAGAAAGAUUGAAAGCGAAGAAUAUGAGGAAGCCUUGUCUCUGGCUCAGACGUAUGGCUUGGACACGGACCUAGUGUAUCAGAGACAGUGGAGGAAGUCCGCGGUCAACAUUGCUUCCAUUCAGAGUUACUUGAGUAAAAUAAAGAAACGAUCUUGGGUUCUUCAUGAGUGUUUGGAAAGAGUUCCUGAAAAUGUGGACGCUGCAAAGGAACUGCUUCAGUAUGGACUGAAAGGCACUGACCUGGAGGCCCUGGUGGCCAUAGGACAAGGAGCAGAUGAUGGCAGAUUUACAUUACCCGGUGACGUGGACAUCGACAGCCUUUCCUAUGAGGAACUUUCCCCACCUGACGAGAAGCCUGCCAAAAAUAAGAAGGAGAAGGAGCUCAGGAGGAGACAGAAACUACUUAAAUUAGUGAACUUUUCAAAGUUAACCCUGGAACAGAAGGAACUUUGCCGUUGUCGACUGAAAUUAUUAACCUACUUGGAUCGGCUUGCAACGUACGAGGAAAUCUUAGGAGUGCCUCAUGCAUCUGAACAGAGAUAUGAUGCUGAAUUCUUUAAGAAGUUCAGGAAUCAGAAUAUUGUUCUCUCAGCAAGAACUUAUGCUCGGGAAAGUAACGUACAAGCCCUAGAAAUUCUGUUCACUUAUCAUGGAUCAGACCUGCUUCCUCAUCGCCUUGCUAUUCUGUCCAACUUCCCAGAGACCACCUCUCCCCAUGAAUACUCUGUCUUGCUGCCUGAAGCUUGUUACCGCACUGAGGGGAAAAGGCGAGAGAAUCCAGUGGUCAGAACUUUUACAUCCAGUGAGAGAACUAGUUCCGUAAACACGAGACCUUUUACCUCCACUAGGAAAUGUGGCUCAGCCACCGAUCGCAUGAUGGAUAGCCUUUCUGAAUUUGAGUUUACUCACCUUUACAAUGAGUUGACAGUCCCUGUCUUGAUUGUUCAUACUCCAUAUGUUGGGUAA